GCCGUUCCCACGUUGUGAGUGUUUGAAGAAAACUGCUAAUAGUUGCGUCAUCAUUACGUAAAAUACGGCACUAUUAUGAGUCCAAUCCAUCAUUUUGUAUGUUCUAUGCUGGUUCUAUGCAAUCUUAUGCAAUAGUUCGGGUACUGAAAUAUGAUUAAUUAAAACAUCGACCAACACUCAUCCUUUUGCCUGUGUCAUACGAUCAGUGUGCGUGAGGCGUGCUUAAAACUUGUAAAGACCAAUUAAUUGUGGGAGUGGCAGUGUCAUACUAAUUGAUAUCUAGCGUGAAUGUCGAAUUGUAAACCUCUAUUUCCAGUCACAAGAAGUGAAAUGUGUGCGAAUGUGUGAUAUUUCGCCGAGUUACGAAGCAGCUGAGUUAAACAACAACAUGUUUACAACGUUACAAUCGAUCAAAACAUGAGAUAUCGGCAAUGAUUCUCGUAUCGAUAGUUCAAUUAUGGAACCUGUCUGCCGGGCAAACGUAAUAGUCCCGUUUGCAAAUACAAUGAUGGGAAACGUUUUGUUUUUGAAAAUUGUAAUGUUGUGUCUAGGAAAUAAAUGUAAACAAAUGUAUGAGAGAUUUUGGUCGUUAGAAGAAGUCGAUGUGUGAUGAUCACAACAUGAGACUCUUGAGCCGGAAAUGGUUGAUGCCCUUGUGCCUGUCAAUGUCAUAUUAAUAUGAUGAAAUAUGUUGCAAUUUUGGAAGAAAACUGGCUUAAAAGAGAAGCUAGCAAGAGAAAGAUCCAAUUCGACUUCACCUGUGAAGGUAAAUCCUCCAGGCAGCCCUACAACGAAUGGCAUAGUCACCUCAACAUCCAAUUGUGCAAUUGGGAGUGGAAGUGAAGAAACAUCGAGAUUUCAUGAUGAUGAGUUGGCUGUUGGAGACUUGGGUGAAUCUGAAGGGAGUCCCACAGGCCUUCCCAAAGUUACCUCAAAAUCUCGCUUGUCAAAGACACUAUCUGAGGUGCUAUGUGACAAAGGUGCAUUGGGAUACUUUAUUCAAUAUCUUGAAGCAAGAGACUCAAUAGCACUGAUAAAAUUUUGGCUGGAUGUAGAAAGUUUCAAAACAGCAUCAGGAGCUAGAGUUAGGAGUGAGUCUUCAGUUGGGAAGUUGUCAUGUGUACCAGUUACAAGUGACCAAUUAGAGGGAGGAACUAAUAAUUUAUUAUCAUGUCAUCAUGAUCAAGAUAAGGUUUCUCUUGGAACAGAUAGUGAUUCCUGUAUUGGGGAUACUGGAAGUGUCUUUGAAUCUCCAUUGCAUUCUUCAUUGUUGCUGAGCGAGUCUCUGACUAAAAAGAAUGUUCAGCUCUGUUUGGACAAGAAAGAUGUCUCACCUGGUGCUGUUUCAGUGUCAUCAAAAGAGAGUGACAGUGUUGUUCCAUUUUCUUGUCAAUCUAAUACGUGUGAACGUUCAGGAUGCAGUGAUGAGUGUAAUAUACCGGGAAGGACAGAUCCAUGUAGUUCAAGUAUUUCAACACAAAAUUGUCCCAAACUGGAAACUCUUCCUCUUUGUAGUUCAGUGUACACCAAAGGACCAAUUAUAUCAAAAUCAUCUAAUGAUGUUAGGUCAGUACGAAGUUCAGUGAGUGAUGAACAUUUGUUGUCUCCAUCUCGUGCAAAUAAAUUGAUACAAGCAACAUUAAAUGAUGCUGUGAGGAUAUUUAAGAAAUAUAUUGCCAGUAAUGCACCAUAUCGCAUAAGACUGCCAGAUGACAUUCGAAAUAAAAUAGUUGAUUCAAUCUGCAAAGAGGAUGGUUUGGUAGAUUCAGAUUGCUUCACAGAAAGUCAAACCAUUGUCUUCCAUGUAAUGGAAAAGGAGUACUUCAAUGACUUUUUGAGAAGUGACUUUCAUUGUAAACAUCAAAUAGAUGUACUAACCAGUGGAAAUGUUUAUCUUUCUGAUAUUUUGUACAAUGAAACAGCACUUUUCUAUUUCAUGGAGUUUAUGGAGCAAGAAGGUAAUAGGAAUUUAUUGGAAUUUUGGAUGAGUGCUGAAAAUUUUCAUCAACAUUUGAUGAGUAGAAAAGGAAAUUAUGAUGUAUUAGAAGCUCAGAGUGAUGCAAUAAUUCUGUAUGACAAAUAUUUUUCUCUGCAAGCUACAUGUCCUCUGGGAUUCAGUGACAAAAUUCGGUUGGAAGUUGAACAGAAUAUUUGCCGUGAUGGAGGACCAUUACCAGACUGCUAUAAAAAACCAGUGAACAUUGUUCUUCAUUAUUUGGAGAAGAAUUAUUUAACCACAUUCUUAACUUCUCAACUUUAUUUUAAUUACUUAUCUGAAUUGAUCAACACUAUUCAGUCAAGUUCUGGACUUCUGUCUAAAUCUCGAAAAUCAGGAUCAGAAUGUAGUAGUGGCCUGAACAUAUCUAUCCAGAACACACUUCUCGCCAUGGAGGAUAGUGCUGCUCCACCGCGGAAGAUCUUGCGCAAUGUUGAUGAGCGAGAGAUGAGCAUAGAUUCCCGACAGUUAUAUGAUCCUGAUUCUUUGUGGAAAAGAAGGCAACAGAGUGGCCUAAGCUUUGGAAGAAUAAAUUCAUUGGGAAGAUUUGAAAGAGAUGUCGAGCAAGAGCCCAGUAAGAAGGAAGAAUCUCGACUAACAAAGGUUGUGAAGAAGCUUGUCAACAUGGAAGAAGAUAAGGCAAAAGAAGAAAUGGCAUGGCAAGUUGCAGAAAUGAUCGUCAAGGAUAUCACAAACCUCACAAUGGGAAGUGAUGAUGAGCAAUCUUGAUGACUUUCAUUCUAUUUUAUCCUAUUCUUUUUUGUGAAAAAUAAGGGUUGGUCCAUUAUUGUGAUAUUUGAUUCAAGAUAGUUUUUUUUAUUUUUUGUAGAAAUUUGUCUUUUCCUUACUUGCCACAUUUUUUUUAAAUUCUGGAGAAGGGGAUUGAAAUUGUUAUUGUAACAUUUUUAGAAUGGGGAGAUGUUAUGUUAUUCUGAGUAGUUUCUUAAUGUUGAGUAUAUUUUUAAAUCUUUGAAUUCAUCGCCAUGAAUUUCCUGUUCUGUUAUGUAUAUUACGUUUAUAUGAUUGUGAUAAUGGAAUGGUGUAUAUAUAUAUAACCUGUAUAUAUUUAUAUUCUUACCUUGCUUAUAACUGUCUGUGAUUAGAAAGAAUUUGUGUAACUAACAUUCUGAAUAUACCAUAUGUAUGUAAUGUAUUAUAUAGUUGUUGCAAAUUGGUAUUUCAUAACAAGACUUUUAAAGAUGUUGAAUGAUUGCAGGAAUUAUUGAAAUGAUGUCGUAUGAAGUUACAAAAUUGAAAAAUAGUAUGUCAGAUUUAGAGAAAGCCGUCCUGGAAAGCCUUGAAUAUCAUGUGAAUUGUUAAAUGGAAACAGUUAAAAUUAAUCAAAAUACAUUCUUAAAGUGCUUUUACUACAUCACUGUGAUUAUCUUAAUUUUCUAUCAUUCCAACAAUUGGUUUCAAGUUAUUCCUGUAAGGUGUUUUCCAUAAUUUCAAUCGUUGUUGAUUCUAGAGUUAUUUUUGAACUUUCAUCUUUGGGCCAGGAAUGUGAAGUAUAAUAUAAGAAAUGUCAUAUCAUUUUAUAGCACUUCUAGAACACACACCAUGUGUUGUGCAUUUUUUUGGUAUUUGAAGUAUCCCUAAUAUAGCAACAAAUUAAUUAAAUCUGAAUAUUUACUUUAUUGUUAUUAUGCUAAUAACCGCAUUUAAAUCCUACUUUGAUUGAAUACCAAUCUUACUGUUUAUUAGAACCCACUCCUAUUUAAGAGUAAGUGGCAAUUAAGUGCUUCAGUUAUAUUAUUACUAAAGUAUAUUUUACAAAGUACCUGCAUAAUAUUUUAAUUUAUUUUUUAGUAGAGUACUUCUUCCUUUAUCGCCUUUCUGGUGGAGAAAAAUGUAUAAUUAAACAAUAAGAAAAUCACCAGUUUUGUUGAAUUUUGUGUAUAUAGUAUGAAAGGAGAAUGUUUAAAUUGUUUUAUUUGUGGUGGUGAGCUCUCUAUUAUGAAGAAUUAAUGUAACACACUAGAAUAAUAUUUUGUAGAUUGAUUUUGCUGAAUAACAUUUCCUUAAAAACUGUUACACGACAUAGAAUUUUUUGUUUGUUAAAAUAAAAAAUGAACUAAUGAAAAAGUAAGAUGAAAUCAGAAAGAAGUUCAGUGCUUUAUUGUAGUAUAUUGAAAUGUUCAAAAGUCAGUGAAAUAUAGUUCCCUUUGUACUUGUAUCAUUUUUCCCCUAUGUAAGUAUAUAUAUUGUAGUUAUAUUUUUAUGUCAUUUUCUAGGUUAACUGAGAUAAAUUAAUUUAGUAUGGGAAUAAUAAAAUAUUCACAGAUAAUGGCUGGUAUACAUAAUAUCAUAUGUGAACUUGACCCUUUGGAAGUCACGUGCCAUUAGUAGUCGCACACGGAUGCCUGGUAUCUCCUCUCUAUUCUUUCUAAUAUUACUAACAAUUAUUGCCAUUUUGCAAUCUAUUCAUGAUAUUCAUUUUCCUUGAAUAAAUGUAGUUAAUUUUUAAAAUCUAACAUGAAUGAAUUUUAAUGGUUUUAAAUGCAAAAUAAUUCAAGUGGUGAUCAUAUAUUUUCAUACUUAAAGGAAAGUACUACAAUAUAAGUUACAUUUUAUUUACAUGCAAAAAAACUAAAACUGUAAUACUAUUUUUUGUUAAGUAUUGUUCUCUCUGUCCUCUUAUUGUUUACAAAUAUCACAAAUAAUGCAUUCUAAUUUUAGCACAUUUACAAGUAUAUAUAUUUCCCUUCCUUGGAGGGAAUGUAAACAAGCUGUUGAAAAGUACUGUAAAUUUCAGAACAGUAGGAAAGUACUAUUUCAUUUGACAGUUAUCACAGAUGGCCUGGCUAUACUUAAAAACUCCAUGUGACUACUUAGGGUCAAUGUGGGAAGUUACCAUUUUGUAAUAUUUGACAGAUAAUUCUGUUUUUUUCAUUAGCGAAAUAAUAUUUUUGUCUACUUUUUAAACUUUUUUUACAGUAAAUACGGGUUCCUUUUCAAACAGAGAAAAAAAUAGUUAUAAAAAGAUUACUGGAUUUCCUUACUUAUUAUUUAUAGAACAUUAUCUGAUAUGAACUUAAUAUGUAAUUUGA